AUGUGUCAUCACGAGAGACUAGUGCAAAAGUUUAUAUGUAGUCCAUCGGUAGCAGCCAUACGUGUUAUCUUGUUUCCAGGUAACGUUAUGGGUGUGGCCUCGGAGGGUGUGGCCUCGGAGGGUGUGGCCUCGGAGGGUGUGGCCUCGGAGGGUGUGGCCUCGGAGGGUGUGGCCUCGGAGGGUGUGGCCUCGGAGGGUGUGGCCUCGGAGGGUGUGGCCUCGGAGGGUGUGGCCUCGGAGGGUGUGGCCUCGGAGGGUGUGGCCUCGGAGGGUGUGGCCUCGGAGGGUGUGGCCUCGGAGGGUGUGGCCUCGGAGGGUGUGGCCUCGGAGGGUGUGGCCUCGGAGGGUGUGGCCUCGGAGGGUGUGGCCUCGGAGGGUGUGGCCUCGGAGGGUGUGGCCUCGGAGGGUGUGGCCUCGGAGGGUGUGGCCUCGGAGGGAGAAACCUCAACAAGUUGA